CUAUAUGGUGUUUUACCCUAUCGAACUGUCACUUUGUUUUUAUUUUCUAAAUAUUUCGUUUUCACAAAUUGUUGCAUGAUCCAUUUGGAUAUUUUCCUUGCUUUUUCCAAUUAUUCUAAAAUAGGAACUGGUCCCGCGGUGGUACAUAUUUUCAGGCAUUAGCCAGGCAGGGGAACUUAUUUUGUUGCGUCGAGUCGAUACGUACCUUGUGCCGAUUUAUCCAGUGGAAUUGCCUGAGCCUUCAGACGCUGAUCAAUCACGUACAGCAUCUCACACCCGAGAUUCAGAAUUAUAAACAGGAAUCUUCAAAAUGCCCAUUGACGCCUACGAUAUUUAUUCGGGCCUGUGGAAAUAUAUCGUAAUCAGCGGCCAGGAAAAGCAUGUCAAAGAAACGCUAAAGGACUGCAAGUCAGACAGCGAAAUCAUUGCUUACGUUCGUAGGAUUAUUGACCAGGGUAUCACAGACCCUCUUGCUUUGGGACUGGAAAAUGACUGCAAGGAUGAAAUGAAAGCUGUUGACUGUCGUAAGUUGGGAAAUGAAAAAUUUCAUCCCAAAAUUCGGCAGUAUGUGAAGGCAGUUUCUUAUUACAAUGAAAGUAUAGCGUUGAGCGAAAAUGGAUCAGAAUCUCUGGCUAUUGCUUAUGCAAACCGUUCGGCUGUUUGCUAUGAGCUAAAGGAAUAUGCUGCCUGCCUGGUUAAUAUUCGUCUGGCACGAGAAAACUCAUACCCUGAACAUUUGCUUUUCAAAUUAGAUAACAGAGAAAAGGACUGUUUGAAGCAAGUAGCUGAAGCAGAAGGUAAACAACUACAUGAAGAAAGUGAACGACGUGUACCAAAACUAAGCUACAAACCCAAUCCCAAAAUUCCUCACAUAUCAGACUGCAUCGAGCUAAAGGAGGACGAUCAGUUUGGACAAUACUUGAUUACAAAUCGCAACUUGAAUGCCGGAGACAUAAUCAUUGAAGAGAAACCCUUUUCUACCUUACUAGUCAGUGAUCGACGAUACUUAAACUGUGAUUAUUGUCACGACGAUAAGUUCCUCAUACUCAUACCAUGCACAGGAUGCACAGUUACGAUGUUCUGCUCCACGGAUUGUCAACAAAAGGCAAUGGAAAAAUACCACCGAAUUGAGUGUUCCGUUAUCAAGAACAUGCGAUCUAUGUUCACCAAAGUUAUUCUGAUGGCAUUGCGAACGACGACGACAGCUAUCAGCACAUUUGAUUAUAAUCUCGAGGAACUUAAAAUCCAUAUCGAAUCUAUUGACGAGAGAACUUUCAACCCAUUGAAAUUGGAUUGGACUGCCAUGGAGGCGAAACAGGUGUACAGUGCUAUCCACUGUUUGGCCACAAACCAGAACCUACGAACUCCCAGUGAUAUCGUUCAGCGGUCCGUUUAUUCUAUCAUUAUGAGUGAAAUGCUUUUCCGGAAAACUGAGUUUGGAACACUAUGCGAUAACAAUGAAUCCCACGAUUUAAUCCGCUCGUUGCUUUUCCGGCACGCGCAAACUUCUCCGGCCAACAUGCAUUCAUUGAUGUUUACGGAGUACACACCGCAGGGGAAUGAGAAAUAUUCGCAAUUAUUCUUGGGCUGCGGUUCAUUCCCCAUUCUGAGCAAAAUCAACCACUCAUGCGCUCCAAAUCUCGUACGAAUAACUUUGCCGAAUGGAAAUGUUAUCGCUCUGCUAAAUCGACCGAUAAAGAAAGGAGGCCAGCUGUUUGAUAACUAUGGAUACCAUCACUGCUUGGAUUCGUUGGACGAUCGUCAAAGUGGCCUUCUUGGGCAGUACCUAUUCCGUUGUCAAUGCGAGGCUUGCAUACAGAACUAUCCACUGUAUUUAAACUUGCCACAAGCGAAGUUGCCACCCAAAACAAAGAAUCCCAUAGACUAUGACGAAAUUAGUCGACUGGGUGAGCAUGACAUGGAAACAGCGCUGCGUAAAAUCCCGGAGUAUUGUCGCUUUCUGAACCAGUUUGAUUCUCAGUAUCCCAACUACGGGCUAAGCUCUGUACAGGAAGCUUUACUGAGGUGCUAUGAGAUCGUUUUCGCCAAACAAUCUCGAAACAUUAAAUAUAAGAACAUGUGCUCUCUUUAAAUGAAUCUGAAUUAUUUAUUUAUAUUAACAAUUUUAUUGCAAUAAUUAAGAGAUAAUUAUUAAUGUUAUAAACAAUCAUUAGAAAGUAAAAAUAUAUUUUUUACCCACAAA